GAAAACAUCGCGUUUUUCCGGAGAGACGUUUCCGCGCGGCCGUCAGGGCGGCGCCGCGUUCGGAAACGCUCGGGUGUUUCCGUGACCCCUCACGGGCCGGCGCGGCCGUUGGCGGGCGAACGGGGCCGGUUAGCUGAGGGCAGCGCGGCCUUGGUGGCAGAGCCUCUCCCUCGGUGGGGAGGAGGAAUCGCGAUCCUGCCAGGCAGAAGGCCGUUGCUGAAAGGGGACUUCAGGGAGUGAGUGCAGGAUGACUCAGCAGGGAGCUGUUCUUCAGGGUUACAAUAAUGAACUAGUGAAAUGCAUUGAAGAUUUAUGUAUGCAAAAAGAAGAACUGAACAAACAAAUCCAGCAAGCAGAAGAGGAAAAGAGUAAACUCCAGCAUGAAAUCCAAGUCCUCAGUGAACAGCUGGAGUGUGUAUGUGAAAACCUGGCCCAUAAAGUGGCUUCACGGAAUGAGCUUGAUAAAAUACUUGCUGAAACUGAAGCUGCUUACAUGAAGAUUUUGGAUAGCUCUAGAACUUUACUUAAUGUCCUGAAGAAGGAAGUGGGAAGCUUAAAGCAUUCACCAGAUCUGAAAACGAAUAUAACGUGAAACAAUCAAAUGUUUGGACUCUGCAGUACUAAAAUUCCACUAGGUGAGAAACAUGGUCAGCCAUGGAAUGUUACAGUAUAAGUACAGAUACAGUAUAAGCAGAGAGGGAUUUUCUUCCAGUCUUUCUGUAUGCUUUAUUAUUUUCAAAUGCACUAGAAAAUGGAUUAAAUAAAGUUGCCGUUUUGCUUUAAAAAACCUACUUAAUUGAACACUACAAAAAUUAGCAGAUAGGUCGUUGAGGCAGAUUGGAGACUGUCAGUUUCAAAAGCUUAGAAAAAAGACAUGUUUUAUUGGUUGUCUUCAGAUGCCUCCCAGUAAAUUUUUCUUUGAAAAGUAGUGGAUGCAAGUGAAUCAGAUACUACUUAUUUUCACUUUACAAAUGCUUAGGCUUUACUGUUGGGACCAAGUGAGAAUGAGCUGUUUAGCUUCCUGUAGGAGCUUGGAAUUCUGUCUAAUGCAUGCACAAAGGUAGCCUUAUUUACAAUAAUCACCUGCCUGAAUAAUAGAGGGAUAAGGUGAGAAAUCAGGAGUAAUGCAGAGCAUGGAGGCUUAAAAUUUAACUCUGUAAGUGGUUCAUGCACCUUCAAGGUUCAAAGCCUUGUUUAGAAACACGUGCUGCAGUGAAAGUCAGGUUUGGUGCAAGUGCACAGACAGCUACACCAUGAACAUUUGGACCAGUAAUUCACUUGGGUGUAAGAAAAAUGUAUCAGUAGCAACCAGAAGUCCUGAAAAACCACUGAGGUCUGGUUAAAAGUACAGAGGUAAAUACAAGACCAAACAAGAUAAUCCUGGCUAAAAAAACAGUAAUAGAAUUUUUGGGAGCUCUUUUAUUGCCUUUUAGUCUAUACUGAUAUAUUAAAUAACUGUAAUAAGAUUAUGGCGAGUAAUGAACAUCCUGAAACUAUGCAGAAGAAAUACAAAGGUGAAAGAAGAAAAUGAGAAAUGGCUUGCAGCUAUCAGCCAUUCUUACAGAGGACACUAAAACAGAACUUAGUUUAGAGAUCAGGGGUGACAUAAUAGCAUGGCAUAAAUUUCAAUUUAAUGCUGUUUUUUGUUUAUGCUGAACUUCUCUGUUCAGCACAAAUCUUUCUCAGCAGUAUGUGUAUGUACACAUGCAUUUUGUCCUUCUUAUUUGUGUGUUACAACAGCAACUUUUUAAGCUGUGUUUUGUAGUAAAAUCUUCAUUCAGUGCUGAUUAAUUGAAAGCAGUGCGAUUGAAAUCUCA